AAUAAAUGUUACGAUCCAUUUAAUAAGGAUUCUCAAACUUGGCAAAAGCUAAUCCUCUAAAAAAUGGAUUCCGAUUUGAAAAUUAAAAUCUGACUUGGACUUUUGGAGAAUUUGAUGUAAUGAUCAUUAAUAUAAUGAGACUCAUUCAAGUGCAUUUGCAUAUGGAUUAAUUGAAUAAGGAUGGAAAUAAGGAGACAAACUUUUAUUCUUAUUAGGCAGAUCUAAUACUAGUGAGACAGCUGCAGCUUUUAUUGGAGCUGCAAAAGCUGGAGUAACAGUAAUACCAUUUAGAUCUAAUGAUCCAAAUGAAAUUGAAUAAACUAUAGGAACAAUUAAUCCUAAAGGAAUUGUGUUUUCUCCAAAUUAAUUGAUAAGUGAAACGAAAUUUAUUGAUAUACUAAAGAAAUUAGUACCAGAGGCUUGGCAAAGUAUUAUGUGAUGAUUAAUAAAAGCAUAAUCUGGUUAGAAUUUGAAAAGCAAUAAAUUUAGCAAUCUUAAAUGGUUAAUUCAUACUGGAUUCUAUUCUUAUCCAGGCACUUAUAAAUUUAGAGUAUAAGAAUAAUGAUUAUUUAGGAAUCCUUAGUAUAUGCUUCAAGAAAUUUUAAUAGGCUUUCCCUUCCAUAAAGUGCAGGUUCAAUUGCAGCUAUUUUAAAGAAUGGAUCAUUAUAAAAUUAUUCUUAUUAAGAUUUAUUGAAAUUAAGUGAAAAAGUAUCUGGAUCACAACAUGUGAUUGUAUCUGGAGAUCCUUAAACUAUUUAAAAUUUCUCUAUAGGUAGACAUAAUUGAUAUUAGUAAUAGUUGUUGGAGGAUUAGAAAGAGGAUAUAAUACAGUAUUAACAGGAGGAGAGAAAUUGAAUAAAGUUUAAAAGAUACUUUAAUAUUAUGGGAAUUAUAGUCUUGUAGUUGAUGAUUCGGUUUUAGGAGAUCAAUAAGUUAAUAUUGAUUAAAUAUAUAGUAGAAGUUAGAUUUUAGUAAUCUAGAAAGUUUAUUUGUUACAGGUGAUGUCAAAAAGGCUUAAGAUAUAUUCUAAAAACAAGCCCUUUCAUUUUGAUUUCAUUAAAUCAUUAAAUAUAAUUAUUACAUAGAAAAU